AUGUGGGAUGAAGGGAGAGGAGCACAGAUGAGACCAAGUGGCGCAACCGUGGCGUCCGUGGGGCUGUGGGUGCUGGGGACGGUGAGAGUGGUGGUGGACCUGGGAGUGGCUGAACCCCGGCGCUGCCUCCUGUCACCCUACCGCCGGCUGGACCCCAGGGCGCUGGCAGCGGUCGAGGCCCUGAGGGACCACUACGAGCAAGAGAUGCUGAGCUGGAGGCCACGCAAUUGCUCCUUCCGCCCAAGGAGGGACCCCCCGCGGCCCUUGACCUGCGCGCGACUCCGCCUUGUGGCUCGGGACCUCUCGGACGCCCAGGCCGUGUUGAGCAGCCUCCCCAGCCCCGAGUUGUUUCCUGGCGUCAUCCCGACCCUGGAGCUGCUGGCGGCCGCGCGGAGGGACGUGGUGGCCUGCCUGGAGCUGGUGCGGCCAGGUUUCUCGAGGAAGUCCCUCCGGCCACCCAGGAGGCGCCCCAAAACACGGAGAGCUGCGAGUGGAGCCGGCGGUGAAGCCCGUGGACGUCACGGGAGGAGCGGUGGGGAGACGAAAGCCCAGAACGCCGUCUCCCGUGGCAGGUCCCACGCCCUGAUCUCAACCUUCAGUAUCUGCUUUGAGAUUCUGUGA